AUGACGCAGCUCGAGGUCUUGAAUGAAGAACUCGAAAAUCUUACCAGGGAAGCAGACUUACUGCUAGGAGAGGUUAUUAAAUGUCGUGCAUCGUACCCAGGAUUCCUGGCUGAGAUGAAAAGAGAGGAGUGCAGGAAUAAGUUUAUACGUACGUUGGAGGCUCCUCUGAAAUCAGCUCGACCGCUGGGAAUCGAUGUAGAGAAAAUUAAAAGCGACGUAACGCGGAGAGUAGAGGAAUCUCAAAGAUCUACAGAGAUGAAUGAGAACUUUGAGAACGAGCAAUGCAAGCUGAAAGCUGAACACGGCUCUUGCGAAGAACGCUACAGGAAACUUCUUGAACUUAUCAGGAGUGGUCGGUAUGCACCGAUUGAUGCACUUCCCAGUGAUUUUGCUCUUCAACUAACUAAUAGUUAUUCAUAG